AUGGGAAGUUUCACAAGGCGCAACGAAGGGAGUGAUAGCUAUCUCUUGAAUCAACAGCUUGCUGUUCCCGGGACUUAUAGUCAUCCCAGUGGUCAUGAGUUUAGCACCACUGGGUCUGGUUCGUAUCACUUCCCGCAGCAUUCAUACAAUCCCUAUGGGUCUCAAUUCGGUCCGUCAUAUGGCCAGCAGUCUGGCCUCUCUGCAGGAAUGCCACACUUGCAGUACACGUCAGAUCACACAAUCCCGUCAAUGGCUGCGCCGGAUGAAAUGAGACUACACCAUCCGUCUUCGCAGUAUAUGCCACAAUCCCGCUAUCUCCAGUCACCGAGGUAUCUACCCUUGCGAGACGCUCUUAGUGAGACGGAAAUCGAAGAUCAAGAAUCUCGCAAUGAAGGGACAAUGCUUUCUGAGCCUGUAAUGCCUCCACUAGAUGGAUUCCCGGACGUGAAGGAAUUUGACCAACUAAUGCAAAGCUACGUCGACGACUUAUCAGUGAAGAAGCAAGAUAAAGCCCUUAUCCAUGCUCGAAGGGCUCGGAAUAUUAAAAGUGUCCUUAUAGACCCAAAAGACACUGCGGUCGAGUCUGCCCAGUUUCGAUUCUGGGUCAAGAAAAUGUUCAAGCUUCAAUCCGUCGGGAUUGGGACAACCGACUGCCGGAAGAUGAUCUGUCAUGAGGGCAAGCCUGUCGCUAUUCGCGAGAAGCUGUUCAAAAUCCUGACCAAGGCUCAUCAACAAUGCCAGCACGGCGGCCGUGACAAGACGUCUGCUCAGGUCAGACGCAUCUACUCAUGGGUGCCUAAGGAGUUGAUCUCACGCUUUGUCAAGAUCUGUCCAACGUGCCAAGUACGCCGAGGAGGAUCACGUCUCACCCCUCCAAAUUCCCGCCGGGGCUCACCUCGGCCAGAGGUAGUGUCUCGUUCCCCGAAGCUGCCAUCACCGCCAGUCUCGAAGCGAGAAUCCGCGUACGGAGGGCAGAUUGCGCUUGACCGGGCACAGUCGGACUAUUUCAGCCAGCUACACGGUCAUGGGUGGAUGGAAAACCAUCCAGCAUUGCAGGGGCGGCCAGGCAUUGGUACCGGCGUUCGUUCAUCCCAUGGGUCAAUGAACAAUAUAUCGCACUCAAUUGCUGGUACCAUAGACCCUUUCUCGGCGGAUCUGUCAGUAUCUACGACCCAGCUGAACUACGCUGGGGGCUAUGUCCCUACAUAUGGCACUCCUACCCAGCGAGAAUACUAG